AAGCUAGCAAGCUAGCUCGGUAAAACAGUUUUGAUCUUUACAAACUCUCCCGAAACAGAUGUCGCUUUAAGAAUAAUGGAUCGAGAACUGAACGAAGAGGAACUGCAGGAUUUGUACGCAUGGAUAGACAAAAUACCUCUGUCCCGGCCAAAAAGACACAUCACACGAGACUUCAGCGACGGAGUGAUGGCUGCUGAGGUUGUAAAAUAUUUCCUCCCAAAGCUUGUUGACCUGCACAACUAUAUUCCUGCAAACUCCACACCGCAGAAGCUCAGUAACUGGAACCUCCUCAACAGAAAGGUGCUUUCCAAGCUGAACUUUCAUGUACCCGAGGAGACAGUGAAGAGGAUUGUACUGAGCGCUUCGGGAGUGAUAGAGCCCGUACUGAGCGCCCUAAGGGAGAAGAUAAACAAGAAACUGGAACACGCCACAGACAAUACACUGGAUUUGGAAUACUUUGAGACCAGGAACCAUGAGAAACCUCUUGCAGAUAUUCAUCAGACCGAAGCAAAACUUCUGGCUCAGCUGGAAGGGGAAAAGAUGAAAAAAGAUGAAAAGAGCAGACUAAGAAAUGGGAGUAAACCACAGCACACGGUGCAGUUUUACACAGACAUGGACCCAUCUCUCCGAAUGAUCCUGCAGGAAAAAGAGCAAGCUGUCAUGGCUUUGAAGGAGACUGUGGAGAUCCUGCAGAUGAAAGUGAACAGGUUAGAGCAUCUGGUUCACUUGAAGGACAUGCGUAUUGAGGACCUGACGCGGCAUCUGGAGACAUACAAAGCCAAAGGCUGAUACAAACACGAACAACAACAAUAUGUAGCACACAUUCAGACAGAGAAUUUGUUAUAGUAGUUCGGAGAUAUAACCCUGUAACAUCAACUCCAGUAAACUCUUACUUUGUUAAAAAUUUUAGUCAGUUCCUAUAAACUUCUGAGAUCAUUGUCCUACCUGCUAAAAUGCAUCACACCUGUUGAGAUGCGUCAUUUGACUCUCUUUUUCUAAGUAAGGUUUGUUUUUGUGAUGAAACAGCAGGGGUUUGGUAAUUUCCUUCCAUUUAACAUCCGUUGCUCUAUUCACCAUUGAGAAAUACAAGUAAUACAAGUAAUAAUACAGCAUGAUUUAACAAGGGCAGUGGAACAACUGUUUUCUCUAUAAUAGAAAUAUUUUUGAAUUGAACCAGCAGUUAUUGCACAGUCCUUGUUUUCACUAAUUGGAUGUUCAGGUCAAUGAGAUUCUACUAUAAGUGAUAUUUGUAGCCUGUUUAUGGAACAUCUUAUAAAUAGUUGCUUCUGUGAGAAGAGUGUGUAGAAUGUGUUUUCCAUAGAGUUUCAUAACGUGUCUAGUGUCUUCUUUGCUUUCUGUGCCUUCACACAGCCAAUGACUUCUGACUGCCAAGUGCUCAAUUACUCAACUGACCACUCUAACGUUCCAAAAUGUCUUUUUAAAUAUGAGCAGAGUGUGGCCUAUAAUUAGAGCAGAGAUCUGAAACUUUGGAAUUAAUCAGCUUGCUGCAAACCAAAUUGCAGCGCAAUUUGCAGUGUGAGGUUCUUGCACUAUGACUCUCACUUCCUUCCAAGUAAUUUUCUAUGAAACGCUUGUUCCUCUGUCAAAGAUUGGGAUCACAGCCUGGGUUGUGUCUGUUAAUAUGUAAAGUUUGCGUCACUCUCUGAAGUAUCAGCUCAUGCCGGUCAGAUGGGGUUAGGCGGGUUGCUCUGUAUUGUCACUUUACCAUUAAGACCCGGGGGUGCGUGUCAGUCGGUGUAAGUCUGCCCCUGUGUUGUCUUUGAUCCUGCCCCCCCUGUUGGUUGUAGAGCCACAGGAGACCGGCGUCCUGCUGAGCUUUUUCUGGAGCAGCUGAUCUUCACCAGCUGCCUGCUGCUGUGACUGAGCUCUGUUGUAUUGAUCACCUCCAUAUCACCUCAUCAAUCACUAUUAUCAAGCUUGAAGCAAUAGAACAGAUACAAAUCUAACAUUUUUUAGUAUCGAUAGCUAAGAAUCUUUUGUCACUCCACGUAGACCGCGUUUACGCUCUUGUCACACUCUUAUAGAUUAUCACAAAUUAGUUUUACUGUACAUUCUGGAAUAAAGGACACUGUGAUGCAUGUAUUAUAUGCAGUAUGCAGUGUAAAUAUGGGU